AUGGGAUCGUCAGUGGAAGAGUGGAGGAAACUCCUCCACCAGUGUCUGAUCCGGCGCAUCGACGCCAAUGAAUUCAAAACGCUUGCAAAGCUUCUGGCACGGCGUGCUCCGCUGGCAGAGGCGUCCCUGCUCGACGUCGUGCUCGAGUCGCGCGCCGUCGCCAACGCCCAAUGGGACCCGUUGGUGCCUCUCUAUGUCGACACCCUGACCAAGCUGGGCACCGUCAGGAUUCCCACCGUCCUGCAGAGUCUGCUGAAACAUUCGUCCAUCGGCGAGCAGCAGCAGCAGCAGCAGCAGCAGCAGCAGUCUGCGGCAGCUCCCGAUAACAAGCAAAAGAGCCGGGGCCAGCACCUUUCCACCACCCUGAUGACCGAUACCCGGAUCAUUCAAGAUGCAAUGAUUGCGCUUUCGACGGGGAGUGUCCCGAUAUCUGCCACGGACGCCGCGAGGAUCUUCACAGCGGUUGCCGACUGGAUUCUGGAGGUGGUCCGCUGGCAUACAAGCCAUGUCAACGAGGACCAGCAGACGGGAGGCUUGAUGGGCUCUCCCGACGCGAUAUCGUUGUUCGAAUCUCUGGGGAUUCUAUUGGCUGCUCUGUCUGCAACCGAGAAAGGGCUCGAGGCUCUUUCCUCGGACAAUUCGGAGGCAUUCAAAAUCAAGCUUGGACAGGCUCUCACGGCCUAUCUGCCGCUGUGUGCUGGCGUCUCGGUGCCGCUUCGAAACCGACUGGAUAGCCUGCAGAAGGGCUUCGAGCUCUACGGGGAGCCCAACUCGAAAUCUCUCGACGUUCCCAUGAUGGAUGGCGUCAAUGUGAACGCGCUGCAGUUUGAAGCUUCCGUUAUGGACGGCCCUGUUAUCAAUUCUAGAGCUGGUCUCUAUAUCUACCUCAACGCUAUGGGACAUCACGAGGUCCUGAUACAAGAGCUAAUCACCGCGUCAUUCGACGUCCUAUCUAACGCCAUGUAUCGAAAUGAAUCCAGCCGGACCAUGUUCGUCUUUCGCUCAUUUCUCGUUAAUAAGCUGCCGCCAUUCUUGGCGAGCAUGGCAGCAGCUUCAAUGGAGCCGAUUCAAAUGGAGGUCUGCAUAAGCCACGCUCUGAACCGACUCGAUCCCAACGCGUUCCCUUCUUUUUCGCAAAUGUUUGAAAUGCAUGGCAACACGGUCCUGUCGGACGUGAGACAGGAGUUCUUGUUCGCUUGCGCGUUGCACCGGCUCAUCCCCGAGUCCAGCAUCGAACGCCUGCUGGGUGAAAACCCGAUGCAGACGUUGCCCGUUGGUGGCAAAUACAUCAAAGACGAGCUGGUCUCGCAGAUCACCGCCGAUCAUGAGCGCGCUGAUCAGCUGAUUGCCGAAAUGGAAGCCAUGGAGGGGAAUGCAGCAGCCAUAGUUGGUGCGGUUACAGAGGUGAUACACAGUCUUUGCAAUCAGAAAGAGACAGUUACAUUAAAAACGAUUUGUAAUUCCCUGUCUCGUCGGCCCCAGGUGUUGGAUGUUAUUCUGCUGUUUCGCAGUCCCAAGACCAUUUUGCAGCCCCUUUGCUCUCUGCUGGAUGCCUGGAGGUGGGAUGAGGAUCAAGGUGAAAACCAACCUGUUUAUGACGAGUUUGGCAGCGUGCUGCUGUUGGUCCUCGCCUUCAAGUAUCGCUACGAUCUGAGCCAGUACGAUCUUGGAAUCUCGAAUAGUCAAUCGUUUGUGUUGAAACUGCUGGAUCGAGGUUCAUCCAGCCAGAAACUCGACGAUUUGGGCGAGAAGCAACACAAGAAUCUAGGCGCUUGGAUCUCAGCUCUUUUUAUCGCGGAGGGGAUCAGCGAGGAGACCAUGUCAUCAUGCAGCCCUCAGGAAUUUUACCUUCUGGUUUCGACGCUAUUCAGUCAAAGCAUUGGUGCUUGCGAGGCCGGGAAGUUAGAGUUUGACACGCUCAAGGGCGGUUUUGAAUAUCUUCUUGAGCCGUUUCUCCUUCCGUCUCUCGUUAUCGCACUCACAUGGCUGGGUAACUAUAUCUGGGAAUCCGAAACAGACCCGACGAUCCCCUUGAAAGUGCUGCAUUCCCUGGUGAAGCCCAAUUCGAUUUCAGGAGAAGCGGAGGCUAUUCAUCGGACAGUUCUCUACAUCACCGCGCGGACACUGGAAGAGCAGCUGAAAGACGUACGUACCCGGCAUCCGGGACGGUCGGAUAUCAAGCCUAUCCUCGACGCUCUUGAACCGUAUCUGUCCUUUCAGAGGACGGGAAGCAGUCAUCGAGCUGAACUCGAGAGCUGGACUUCGCACUCCGGUGGACUCACCGGCAGCAUCCGGAAUACUUUCCAUUCCCUUGUCUUGUGGAGCACCAAUCCGGAAAUCAGCAUGUCUCCCCAUUCAUACACACAUCGCCAGCUUUUGGCUGGGGUUCGAAUCUUGGGCGCCACGCGGGUCCUCCCGGCUUUGAUCGAGGAAUUGAAGCUGCAGACCGAAGCUGGGAGCGGUGACCUCGCCAUCGACAUUGCAGCAACCUUGAUCUGUUCGCCCAUGGCAGAGUCUUUUGCCGUCGAUCAAGCAAUCUAUCGUCCUGUCGACCCCAACAAGGAAGCUCUUCCGCGUUGUCCGAUCCUCACGCUUCGAGACGCCCUCGUCUUUCAGCAUGAGAACGUGCCUAAGAUUGCGGAAAAGGAUCCCUUGCGUGCAGAGGUCAUUGUGCGUUUGUACCGUCGUGUCAACGCUCUGCUAGCGCCACCAUCCCACGUCAACAAUCUGGACGUCAGCAAUAUCAUUGACAACAUGAAUCUGGAGGGUGGUGUCGGUGGCCACGAUCAGAUGGAUCUGGGCUCGGCGGACCCGCAGAUGACGGGGACUGGAAUGGGAGGAUCAGAAGAAAACAUCGACCGGAUGCUCAACGAGGCAGCGGCGGCUGCGGGCGGCGUCAACAAUGGGGCGCCUCCUCAAGGCGUGGGGUUGGACGGGGCUGGAUCUGGUCCUGGGACGGGGAUGGAUACGAGCAUUGACGACAUGCUGAAUGCGGCAGAUAUGGGAGUUGGGAAUCCAGAAUUUUUAGACCUGGAUAUGGAGGGGAUGUUCUAA